GAAGUGUUCGAAAGCGUGGAUCACCUCGUACCAGUCGACCAGUACAGUGCGCAGUAGACGUUGCUUCCUACGGAUCAGCAGCAUCACAUCUUCGAGAUGUUUGCGAGAGUCUCGUGUGUUACUGUGACAAUAAUCACGCUAUUUUGCGUUUAUACUUCCGCUCAAGUUAUAUCGCAGGUCUGUUUAGGCUGUAUAUGCGAAGUUAGCACAGGAUGUAACACCACUCGCGGGUGUUCUGGAUCCGUAUGUGGACCCUUCGCCAUAACAUGGGGCUACUGGUCUGACGCCGGUAAACCAACUCUGAACAACGAGCCAACCAGUGACGAUGCUUAUGCCAGAUGCGUCAAUGAUCCCUACUGUGCCGCUGGUGCAGUACAAAACUAUAUGGCCAAAUUCGGUCACGACUGCACCGGAAAUGGAGUGGUCGACUGCGAAGAUUAUUUGCGUAUUCAUCGACUUGGCGCAAACGCCUGCAACGGCGCCCUAAACAGCAAAUAUGAGAAUAAAUUCAAGUUGUGUUUACAAACCUUCCAAAAUCAAUAAUAUGUGUAUGUUAUACUACCGCCUAAUAACAAUCCCUUAAUUAUCGUAAUAUACAUGUCCGAUGAAAACCCAUCUUGUAUCUUUAUCAAAUAUUUGUGAUACAGUCAUUCAUUAAUUCAUUAUUAUUAUUAGCAGCGAAACUAGUUCCCGCCUGGCGCCUCUAGUUUUGUCCAUUAAAUUUUAUCUAGUAUAAGUUUAUCUCUUAGGAUUUGAUAUGCAACAAAUAUAUCAAUCGAAAACGUAUAUGUGCUCGUGGUAUUCCACAUACUUUGAUAUGUCGCAUUGUAUUAAUUUUAACUUACUUAAAUAUUCAUGCUGUAUGAUUGUGUGUUUACUGUUUGACAUAAUAAUCAGUCUUACUUAUGCUAAUAUAGCUAACGCAAGAACAUUUAUAAUAAAAGCUUUAAAAAUUUAA